UGUGAAGUCGCUACACGUUCGAUGAUAUUCAGUUGAAAGAAUUUUUAUUCAUAAUUAACUCAUAUCUUGAUAAAACGUCACUUUCUGCAUUUUUUACUAGACCGGCAGUAAUGCUGUUCCUAUAAUCCGAGAAUGAUUUAAAACUAAAGGCCCUAAUUAAGUCACACAGAGGACACUGACGUAAUUCGGUUACGUUGUCGUUUAAAACACACACCGUGUUGCGUAGCUACCUGAUUUUUGGCUUAAAAAUAAAGGAUGGAGGUCAGCAACAUAAUUCAAACAGGAAAUUCAUUGAAAUUAAACAUAUCAGUAUCAAACAACAGCGGAUAUUUACCCACAGUAAGGACUACUAAAGAAUUUAAAAUUAAUGCAGCAGCUGUAUUUCAGGUCAAAUUAAUUGUAACAAAAGGGGAAAAACAUAAUACAUACUAUAAUUGGAUUUAUGUAAGAUUUGUAAAACUUCACAAAGAGGACGACUUGACUUACACCAUAAAAGUUAAUAGCAAAGAGUUAAAUAUUACUGAUAAAAAUUUCAUAAGUGAUGAUGGAACAUGGCACUUGGUACAGGAUAAUAUAAAACAACAAAAUUACUCUUUUAUUGUUACUGCGCAUAUUGAUAUAACUCCAAGUGCUUGCCCCUUAGCACUUCUUCAUGAUGACACAGAGUUGACUGAUUUUGAGCUUAAAGGGGAGGAUGGUUCAAUAAGCAUUCAUCGUGCAGUACUUGCUGCUGCAAGCCCAGUCUUAAAAGCAAUGCUAAGUGGUAAAUGGCAAGAGAGCACUGAUGCUAAAAUAGAGAAAUUGGACACUUCUAAAGCUGCAUUGCAAAACUUCAAAGACUAUUUAUAUUUAGGCACUUUACCAUAUGCAGACCUGGAACUGGAGCAGUUACUGGUUUUGGCAUCAUACUACAUGAUAAAAGAUUUAGAGCAAAAGUGUAUUUUUAAAUUAGUUGGCAUGAUAACUGCAGAAAACACCUGUGAUUUGUUAGAGAUAGCUGGCCAACUCAAAGUGAGGCGACUUCAGUUGGCUAUACUAGAAUGUGUUGAAGAAGGUGUCAUAAAGGUUGAUGAUAUACGUAUUCACUCACUUGAUUGCGAAUCAGGUGAAGAGUCUCUGUGACACAACCAGAAUGCUCUUUAUUUUUGUGUAAGAAUACUUGGAACAAUUGAUAUUUUAUUAAAUUCUUAACAAAGAAAAUAAUUCCAAUUUAGUAUUUUAUUGACUUUUUGAUACAAUUACGUUUAUUUUAUUAAUUUUAAUUUUGAUACUACACUGUUGCAUAAGGAUUAUUCUUGUAAAAAAUGGGGUUUUUCAAGAAAAUUUUAGUGGAAAAUGUUCCGCUGGGUCCUGUCCUCCUUUUGUACUCUAAAAAAAAUUUAUAUAUAAUUUAAAAAAUAAUAAUAUAUUAUUGAAGUUCUUUAUUAUUAUUAAUAUGUAUGAUACUGUAAUAUAUUACAUAAAAAAAAUAUGAGUGCGUGUACUUAAGUACGCGCGUGAGAAGUUAUACUUAUUUUUGGAAUUAUUAAAAAAUAGUUUUUAAUUGCAUGCAGAUAAUUAAUUACAAUAAGAUAAUAAAAGGAUUGGAAAAGGAUAGUCAACGCAGUCAAUAAAGUUCAGUUUUAAUUUGAAAAAUUUAAUAAAUAAUCAAAAUAUUCAAUUUAAAUCACUACUGAAUAAAAAUUAGCACAUAUAAAUUUCGCAUUUGUAUAACACUAGCUGUUACCCGCGACUACGCUCGCGUGGUUUUCCUAUUUGAGGCUAUCAUCCUCUUUUGACAUAGUGAGUAAAAAAGUAGCUUAUUUCUAUUAAAAUUACGGCGCCUUUCUGCUUGAAGCCGUACAUUUAAAUCUCUGCGCGCCUGUGCUUGUUCAGGUGUUUCGAAUGACCUCAAAAAAGCUUGUCGUUGAGCUUGCUCAUCAAGUCUUUGCUGAGUUUCAGCAGGUGUUUCUGCAGCUCUUAAAGCAGUUUGACGCCCCGCUUGUAGUCUUUGUUGAGACUGAACAUCCGAUUCAGCGGCUCUCAAAUGAGCCUGCCGCUCUGUCUGCUCCUGAAGUCUUCUCUGUGUCUGCGACAGUGAUUCUAAGGCCCUCAAAUUCGCUUGACGUUCAGACUGUUCAAGACGCCUUUCCUGUGUCUGCGAUUGAGAUUCCGAGGCCCUCAAAGCAGUUUGGCGAUCUGCCUGUUCUUGCCUUCUCAGUUCAAUUUCUUCAAGAGAUUCUUGCGACCUAGUUAAUCUCUUUGCUCGUGCUUGAGAGGAUACUCUAUAAAGGCUAGAUUUGCGUUUGUGCGUCAUUAUUACGGUGGAGGUAAUUAUCUGAAAUAUUUAUUUUUUAUUAAAAAAAAUACCUAUUUUAAUUACAACAGUAUAAAAAUGUUUUGUAAGCACAUACUCAACUUGUUUAUAGUAGGUAGGUAUUUAAAAUCACCUAUUUUCACAAAAACCCAAGAUCAAUGUGUUAAGUUAAUCGUCAAAAUGAUUGCUUUUUAAUAUUCCUUUUUGUUUUUUUUUUAAUUUUAUUAUUUUUAUUUAAUUAUUAUUAUUUUAAUAACAGAUACUUAAUAUAUUUUAUGUAGGUAUGUAGAUAGGUAAUUCGUAUUUUAUUAAAAUCAAGGUAUUUACCUAUCUAGGUACCUGCCGAAAUAGUAUGCGCACUUAGUAGAUAAUGUAGGUAGGUACCAAUCAAGGUAGGUAGGUUACCUAUCUACAAAGGUAUCUAGCAAAUAGGCAGCCCUUCUUUCAGAGCAACAAAACCAAUCAAAAACUAC